UUCCAAGAUGAAGCUUCUCAAGUUUGUGGGAUUGAUCGUGGCUACCCUACUAGCCUCAACGGUCGAAGCUGCUCCGUCUUUUUCCUGGUACCGUCCAACGAGCUAUGCUGGUUCCAUUCCGGAGGAAUUCGAUGCCCGUGUCCAGUGGCCUCAGUGCCCUUCGAUAGGAACGGUUCAGAAUGAGGGUUGCUGUCCCUGGAGCUUCGUCAUCGCACCGACGGCCGUUAUGAGUGAUCGUGCUUGUAUCCUCUCGAAUGGGACCCGAUCCCGAAUGUACAGUACUGUGGAUGUCGCAGGAUGUUGUGGUUCUUGUGCCGACUUUGGAGACGACCCAUCUCCAGAUGGGUGUCCUAGCGGAGGUGAUCCCAAGGCGGUUUGGGAGUACUGGAUCGACGUGGGAAUCGUGAGUGAUCGAUGCUUUGCUGCUCAGAGAUUGGAGAAGUGUGAGAUACCUCGCUGCUACCAACAUUGUAACAACGCGUACGGACGAUCUGCCUACAAGGAUAAAGUUCGGGGAGAGUCCAGCUAUGGCGUUCACUCAGAGGUCAAAGACAUUCAGGUGGAGAUGUUGACUUACGGGCCGGUUCAGACUACCAUUCGGAUGUACGAGGACUUCAAGCUGUACCAGUCCGGGGUUUACCGCUUUGAAGGCGUUGAUGAUGGUGCAGCAAACUUCCUGGGGGAUCAACAUGUUCGCAUCAUCGGGUGGGGACGUGAGGAGGAUAUCGACUACUGGCUUUGUGUCAACAGUUUUGGCCCCGGUUGGGGAAUUGGUGGGACGUUCAAGAUACUGAGGGGUAGCGAUCAUCUGGGAGUGGAAAGAAAUGUUCGCGCCGGCAUUCCGUGAUAACAAGUUCUGGGUGACCGAGUUUUAUAUCAUAAAAAAUAAUACAAUUUAAGGAGCGCUCUAACAAAACAUAAACUAUUGCUUAAAAAAAAUGUACGCCAAAUGAACUGGCAUCGAAUGAAUCAUAUGAAAAAUAAAUCUUUCC